AUCAAGAGAAGGGGCGGGGCUUAGGUUGGCGCGCGGAGUGUCCCGGCAAGCGUUCCUAUUGGAGAGGUGGGAAGGCUUUUUGUGAGAUGGGAUUGGGCGCCGCGUUGAGGAUGGGCGGGCCCAAAAGGAAGAAGAGUGAAUGCAGUGUCCCCCUCCUCUCCAAGAAAAGGGGCGUGGCUUCAAGGAGGCGCGCGGAGUGUUGCGGCGAGGGUUCCCUCUGGGAUGGGAUUGGGCGCCGCGUGGAGGAGGGGCGGGCCCGAAGCUGGAGGAGGCGGCUGCUCAUUGGGCGCCCGCUCCCCUCCUCCUCCUGCCCCCUCCUCAUGUCAACAACCGGGGCGCCUGCGCGUCUUUUCCCGGCUCGGUUGCGGGAUGGCGGAGGACUCCCCGAAGCGCCGCAAGGCCAACUUCAACGAGGCGGAGACGGAGGUGCUGGUGGAGCAGGUGCUGCGGCACGAGCAGGUGCUCUUCGCGGCCGGGCCCGGGCGGGCCUCCCCGGGGCAGAAGCGCAAGGUCUGGGAGCUCAUCCGACACAAGGUGAACCCGGUGGCCGCCUGCCCGCGGGAGGUGGAGGACCUCAAGAAGCGCUGGAGGGACCUCAAGCGCCGGGACCGGAGUAAGCUAUGUCGCUCCGGGGGCUCCCACACGGGGGCCGCCGCGCUGGGGCUGCUGGUGGCCGCGGAAGAGGCCUCCCCUCCGCCCGAAAGCAGCAGCAGCAGCAGCCCGCUCCUCCUCCGGCCCUUCGCCCCCAGCGGCGCCCUGCCCAUCGCCGGAGGCAUCGACACCCUCGACCUGCCCGGAGGAGGGGCCUCCCAAGCAGCUGGGAUCGGUUUUGCAGAUGACCCUGGCCCAUCCCACCAGCCAUGUGUGGAGAAGAUCAACUUAAAAGAAGAGAUAGUGGUAAAAGUAGUGGAGCCUGAGGAAAGCUCAGAAGACAUCGCUAUCGUUCCUCCCAGCCAGGAACAACUCCCUUUCCUGGGGUUACAGAAUGGACGUCCUUGUGGGAAAGUAAAAGCCAAAACAAAGACUCAGCCCCAGACAGACCCCAUUGAAAUUACAGAAGAGGAUCUGUUGAACGUUCAGCAGAACCAGCUUCACGUCAUCCAGUCAGGCUUUGAGAGUAUCAACCAUAACCUUCGGCUUCUGCAGCAGGGCAUGCAAGAUCUCAACAACAGCCUUAAUGUCAUGGCGCACACCUUAGUAGCUAUUAAGAAUGUAUAUGUAAAAAACAAUGCUGGUCCCUCCACCUUUGCGACUGUCAUGACUCAGACCACUGCAGGAUAUCUAAGCCCCGGGUCCCCACUGGAUGAGGACAGAGUUGGGCUCCCCAUGGCUGGAAGUAAUAGCAGAAGCAGCAGCUGCAGUUCCAGCUCCAUGUCACAAGAUCCAGGUCCUUCGGAAUUCCCAAGAUCCUCCCACAGACCUAUUAAAAAGGAGCAUCCAAAUGGCUGUUACUAUUUCUGUUUUGCAGAUGUGUAAAGCCUGAAUAGUAAGAGAACUACGAGGUUUGCAAGGAGCAGGUUUGUACCCAGCUCCAAUGCAACAUCAUGAUGGAGCAGCUGGGCCUAGCUGUCCACUGAUAAAUGCUCAGUAUGUCAGAUCUCUACCAUCCUCCAGCUGCAGAAACCUUAGCAUCAUAGGAGGCGUAACACUAAUGACAAACUCACUCUAGAACCAAUUUUGGUGAAAAACAGUGUAGAAAUACCAUCAGUGGAUAAAUGCAGGUUUUAGAACUAUUUAGAAAACAGUCUUGCUGCAUUCAGCAAGAUUUGCUCAUAAGCAAAAGUGCACUGAAUUACAACAUUGGUAGUUUAUUCAACAGCUUCUGGAGUUAGUUAUGCCUCUUAUAUAGUGUUGCCCUGACACUCUUUCACUGUGGAGGUGGAGAGCAAAAAACUUGAUUCAUCUGAUCUUCCUGGUAUUGAUUUGCAUUUUGAAGCAAAGCAGUAUGAAAAAAUAGCAGAAAUUGUACUUAUUACUUGGUGCGCAAUCAGUCACACAAGCUGUUUUAUUUUUGUAGCAAUCCAAACUGAAGAUUAGGAAGAAUUGAGUACUUGAUUGUACUUUGCUUUUUAAAAAGAAAGAAAAAAAGCUGUCUAUUGCAACUUCUGUACUAGAGUGUGAGCCCAUCUCCUUGAGGACUGGGAAUGAAUCCAGGUACUGAGCCACAAGCAAAGUGCUUGUAAGUUUUCCUAAACAACUCCUGUUUGUUGUUGCUCGUGUAUAGUUCUUAGAAGUACCUAUUCCCUGUAAAAGUGCUCUGUUCGAAACUUGCGGGAGUUGGGAGGCUGCCUUUUAUUGCAUAAUUAAAGAAGACCCCCCCCCCCCUGCAAAAUGGUGGCAAGUGUCUGUGUUCUAGAAAAUAAUCUCUUGCAUGAACAAUCUUACUACAAGGAUAUGUCUGAUUUGUACAUUUCUGAAAACACUGGAUUUCUGGCUUCAAUGUAUACUGAAUUUUGACUUGGCGUGAUCACUCCAGGUGAUUUUGACUGCAGCCAUUAAAGAGACAGUGCAGAGUUAGGGUUGGAUGGGGUGGGUUUGGCGGAUCUCUUCCAGUAUGAAACUGAACUGGGUGAUCUUGGCUCAGUUAUUGUCUUCCAGCCUGGUCUACCUCACACAUUGAUUUGUAAUAGGAAGAACCAUGAAUGCUGACACAAACGCUUUGGAAGAAGAGUGGGGAAAUAAAGGAAAUAAACCAUAAAA